CUCGGACUGCAUUUAGCCGAAGUUGAUGGAUGAUGUGAAUCCCGAUGCCUUCGUUUAUUACCCUGCAACCUCCGCCCUUCUUACUUCCAAUAGUCUUUGUUUCACACACCUUGUUACUUCUCUUCCAGAAUCUUAUCACUAUGUCUCAGUCAAAACCAACCCUGCGAUGGGGCAUCAUCGGCACUGGUCUGAUCUCAUCAUGGUUCAUCCAGGACCUCCUCAUUGAGAGAAAGGAUGCCCAAGCAACACAUCACAUACAAGCCAUUGGAUCGUCUUCGGUUGAAAAGGGCACAAAGUUUGUUGAGACACAUAUGCCAGGGCAGACUCAACUUCCAUCCAUCUAUGGAAGCUAUCAGCAAGCUUACCAAGAUCCCAAUGUUGAUAUUAUCUACAUCGGAACUCCUCAUGGCUUUCACAAGAAGAACUGCCUCGAUGCAAUUUCGCACGGAAAGCAUGUUUUAUGCGAAAAAGCAUUUACUCUCAACGCCAGAGAGGCAAGAGAGGUUCUGGAUGCAGCCAAGAAGAAGGGAGUUUUUAUCAUGGAGGCUAUGUGGACGCGCUUCUUUCCUCUGGUUAAAUCUCUCCAGAAGAUCAUCCAUGAGGACAAGGCUGUUGGCGAUGUCGUUCGAGUGUUCGCAGACUUUGCCAUGAACCAGAACAUCGAAUCAAAGGGUCCCGAUUCAAGACUAAAAGACCUAUCUCUUGGUGCUGGCAGCCUGUUGGAUAUUGGCAUCUACAGUCUGACAUGGGGCCUUGUGACCCUCGAUGCAGGUGUAGGUGAAAAAGCCACUACACCAAAGAUCACUGCCGCUCAAACUCUCGUCGAUGGUGUCGACAUCGGCACAUCAAUCAUCCUCUUAUAUCCCGAUGGAAAGCAGGGUAUCUUGACCUCCAACUCAAAGGUCAAAACCCCAGAGGCUUUCUGCCGCGUUGAAGGUACCAAGUGCCAUAUCAUUGUAGAAGGAUUCGCGGGUUCAGUCCCUGCAUCAUUCACUGUUUACAAGGACGGAGAGACUGAGGGGAAGAAGUAUGAGUUUGAGAGACCUGGCAAGGGAUUUUACUGGGAAGCUGAUGCGGUGGCUUUGGAUAUUGCUGCUGGUAAGGUUGAGAAUGAUACUAUGCCGUGGGCUGAGACUAUUCGCGUCAUGGAGAUUAUGGAUGAGGUUAGAAGACAAGGAGGAGCUAAGUUUCCUCAGGACUAGAUAGAUAGGAAUGAUAUAUGCAUUCGCUGAUGACACAAGAAGAGACUGCUAAAGCAAAGAUCAAGCGAUAGGCCUUUUUUUAAGUUCUAAGACUAGAGCACAAUCUGGAACUAAUA